CUGAUAUGGUGUUCUGUGUCAGAGCUGCACUCCUGCUUUUCAUCCACUUUCCACAAAGCAACAUAUGCGCAUGCAAUUCACACCACUGUCUUAUUUAUCACUAACUUACAGGAGUGACUUGUUUUUUCUAGUUUAAUUGCAAUGGCACAAUGGUCACUCUUAUUGUUAUACUUUUUCCAUGGACAACUUCCCCUCAUGUUUGGGCAGCAGCAGCAGCAGCAGCAGCGCACAGUUGGCCCCUGGCGGAACCGGAUCCAGUGGGAGAACAACGGGCAAGUUUAUAGUUUAAUGAGCACCGGCUCAGAGUACCAUGCUCCGGUUCGGUCCAGAAGCCAGUCGAGGGUUUAUGUGAGUGGCAGAAGGGAUGGCACCUGGAGCCAAAUGCCGGGAGCCCAUAGAAGAGCCACUCCGAUCAGAACCAGACAGGCUGAGUCCAGACAGGUGAGGACUGAUCAGCGCCCUCCCGGAGCUGCAGGUUAUGUGGCCACGCGGCGCUCAAUCCCUGUACACCCCAAUACCGUCAACGCCUCUGCACCGGGAAGGUUUAGAGACCUACCCGUGAGGAGAAGUCGUAUGGAUGCUCUGUACACCAGAGGAGGAGAUCCGGGCCCCGGUGCGCAAUACCAGCCUUUACGCGCGGUGCCAGAGGCGAUGGCUGUCUCCAGGCAACACUCGCAGACCGAUCAAUCCAUCUCAGCACAUCCAACCAGUCUGGAGAGGGUACCUGAAGCCCCUGCUCCUUCCCUUCAGGCUGCUUCUAACGAGGCAAAUGCUAACGGAGAGAACAUGGCUAACGAAGAGAACAUGGCUAACGACGACCCUCGAAACCCAUUAAAGAACCACAGAAAUUCGGUUUUCUACAACCCAUAUCCCACCAGGGGGAGGUCAUCGGCCCGCAACCGCCGUCCGCCUGUCACAGGUUAUGGUACAGGAUAUUUCCAAAAUGGACUGCCAGACCUCGUGCCAGACCCAUAUGCCAUCCAGGCCGGUGCUUAUAUCCAGCGCAUGCAGAUGUUUGCACUCCGCUGUGCAGCCGAGGAGAAUUGUCUAGCCAGGUCGGCUUAUGGACCCGACGUAAGAGACAUCGACUUCAGAGUCCUGCUGCGGUUCCCCCAGAAAGUGAUCAACCAAGGCACCACGGACUUCCUUCCUGUCAAGCCCAGAUAUCAGUGGGACUGGCACAGCUGUCACCAACACUACCACAGCAUGGACGCCUUCAGUAACUACGACCUGCUGGACGUCGUCACUGAACGUAACGUGGCCGAGGGACACAAAGCCAGCUUUUGUCUGGAGGACACGGGCUGUGAACCUGGAUUCAGGCGGCGCUACGCCUGUACAUCUCACACGCAGGGCUUAAGCCCGGGAUGCCAUGACGUCUACGCUGCCAACAUCGACUGCCAGUGGAUCGACAUCACUGAUGUGCCUCCAGGGAACUACAUCUUAAAGGUUACUGUGAACCCCAAUUCCAGCGUCCAGGAGUCAGACUUCACCAACAACAUAGUGAGAUGUGAUAUCACAUACACAGGAAUCUAUGUUCAGACACGCAACUGCCGAGUAUCAAGGAGUUGAAAUCCUCCUUUUCAAGUACUAUCUGCAGGGUUUUAACAGCAAACAUCUCUCCCUGUACUGUACAGCAUCGUUAACUCUAUGACUAACAAAAAGUGCAAUUGGUGCUCGAGUAUUAUUGUAACUGCUAUAGUCUUGUGUUGCAUUGAAUGGAAAUGAAUGCAACGUUUACACAUAUUUUGUACAUUAAACUAGUCAGAUCAGAUUUACUGUGCUACAAAUGUGCCUUAAAACAUGACCAAAAUAUUUGUAUUCUCUGGCCUAAAGUACUGUGUUCAUAUACAUGUAUUUCUGGAUUGCUGGUUUAUUGCUUGAAAUGUGUUUUGUUGACACUUUGUCUUGUUUGUUUUCUUGCUUCGUACUGUUAGUGUACAUCAGUAUUUUUCACAGUUAAUUUAAAGCAUAAGAUACUCUGUUUUUUGUUAUUGUCAACCCUCAAUGUGUAACUUCUUUACGAGUCUGUGGCUCUUAGCCCUAACUCCAUUGGUUACCACUGAAGUCACAAAAAAUAGUUAUUUCUAAACAUAUCGGCUUGAGAGUAUUUAGCAAAUAUUA